ACUCAGCCAGGAGACUGAAGCGCUUCAGUGAGCGCUCGCUCGCCGCCCAGCCUCUCCUAGUGAGCCCCCUAGCUCUAGUAGAGCAACCCAGAGCCAGGAGAGGUUCUGAGCUGCUGAAAAGGUCGAGUCUAGCUGUUGUGUCUCUUUUCUCCCAGCCCUUCCUACUAGUGUGAGAGCAAGAGCAAGGUUUUGAGCCAUGAAGCAAAGAGGAUGGACUCUGCAGUGUACUGCUUUCGCCUUCUUUUGCGUUUGGUGUGCACUAAACAGUGUAAAAGCAAAGAAGCAGUUUGUCAAUGAAUGGGCGGCGGAGAUCCCCGGAGGGCCAGAAGCUGCCUCUGCCAUCGCCAAAGAACUGGGCUAUGACCUCUUGGGUCAGAUUGGAUCACUUGAAAAUCACUAUUUAUUCAAACACAAAACUCAUCCUCGAAGGUCCCGAAGAAGUGCUCUUCAUAUCACUAAGAGGUUAUCUGAUGAUGAUCGUGUGAUAUGGGCUGAACAGCAGUAUGAAAAAGAGAGAAGUAAACGGUCAGUUCAAAAAGACUUGGCAUUGGAUCUCUUCAAUGAUCCAAUGUGGAAUCAGCAGUGGUACUUGCAAGAUACCAGAAUGACUGCAGCUCUGCCCAAGCUGGACCUUCAUGUAAUUCCUGUUUGGCAAAAGGGUAUUACUGGCAAAGGAGUUGUUAUUACUGUAUUGGACGAUGGCUUGGAGUGGAAUCACACAGAUAUUUAUGCCAAUUAUGAUCCAGAGGCUAGCUAUGAUUUUAACGAUAAUGAUCAUGAUCCAUUUCCCCGAUAUGAUCCCACAAAUGAAAACAAACAUGGAACAAGAUGCGCAGGAGAAAUUGCCAUGCAAGCAAAUAAUCACAAGUGUGGGGUUGGAGUUGCAUAUAAUUCCAAAGUUGGAGGCAUAAGAAUGCUGGAUGGCAUUGUAACUGAUGCUAUUGAGGCUAGUUCAAUUGGAUUCAACCCUGGCCAUGUGGAUAUUUACAGUGCAAGCUGGGGCCCUAAUGAUGAUGGAAAAACUGUGGAGGGGCCUGGCAGACUAGCCCAGAAGGCAUUUGAAUAUGGUGUCAAGCAGGGGAGACAAGGGAAAGGCUCCAUCUUUGUGUGGGCUUCAGGGAAUGGGGGUCGUCAAGGAGAUAAUUGUGACUGUGAUGGCUACACAGACAGCAUUUACACCAUUUCUAUCAGCAGUGCCUCCCAGCAAGGCCUGUCACCCUGGUAUGCAGAGAAGUGUUCUUCCACAUUGGCUACCUCCUACAGCAGUGGUGAUUUCAAAGACCAGCGAAUCACAAGCGCCGACCUGCACAAUGACUGCACAGAGACCCACACAGGCACCUCAGCUUCUGCACCCCUGGCUGCUGGCAUCUUUGCUCUGGCCUUGGAAGCAAACCCAAAUCUUACCUGGCGAGAUAUGCAACAUCUGGUUGUCUGGACCUCUGAGUACGACCCAUUGGCCAAUAACCCAGGUUGGAAGAAGAAUGGGGCAGGCUUGAUGGUGAACAGCCGAUUUGGAUUUGGUUUGCUAAAUGCCAAAGCUCUGGUGGAUUUGGCUGAUCCUAGGACCUGGAGAAAUGUGCCUGAGAAGAAAGAAUGUGUUGUAAAAGACAAUAACUUUGAGCCUAGAGCCCUGAAAGCUAAUGGAGAAGUGAUUGUUGAAAUCCCAACAAGAGCUUGUGAAGGACAAGAAAAUGCUAUCACGUCCCUGGAACACGUGCAAUUUGAAGCAACAAUUGAAUAUUCUCGUAGAGGAGACCUUCAUGUCACACUCACUUCUGCUGUUGGAACUAGCACUGUACUCUUGGCUGAAAGGGAAAGAGAUACAUCCCCCAAUGGCUUUAAGAAUUGGGACUUCAUGUCUGUUCAUACAUGGGGAGAGAAUCCUGUAGGCACCUGGACAUUGAAAAUUACAGACAUGUCUGGAAGAAUGCAAAAUGAAGGACGAAUUGUGAACUGGAAGUUGAUUUUGCAUGGGACAUCUUUUCAGCCAGAGCACAUGAAACAGCCUCGUGUGUAUACGUCCUACAAUACUGUCCAGAAUGACAGGAGAGGAGUGGAAAAGAUGGUGAAUGUUGUGGAGGAGCAGCCCACACAAAAGAGCCCGAAUGACAAUCUCAUAGUACCCAAAAGCUCCAGCAGCAGCAGCGUGGAGGGCAGAAGGGAUGAGGAGGUACAAGGAACACCUUCGAAGGCCAUGCUACAGCUCCUACAAAGUGCAUUUAGCAAGAAUGCACUUUCAAAGCAAUCACCAAAGAAGUCUCCAAGUGCAAAGCUCAGCAUCCCUUAUGAAAGUUUCUAUGAAGCCUUGGAAAAGCUCAACAAGCCCUCUCAGCUUGAAGACUCUGAAGACAGUCUGUACAGUGACUAUGUUGAUGUAUUCUAUAACACAAAACCUUAUAAGCAUAGAGAUGACAGGCUGCUACAAGCUCUCGUGGACAUUCUGAAUGAGGAGAAUUAAAAUAAGCGUGUGGCCUGAGUUGGAAAUCUUCAUGCACCCUCCUUUUCCUUAGAUGUUCCUGGGUCUGGAGUUGUUGUGUCCUGGUUUCUAUGCUUAUGAUGUCCUUCAUCGUAACUUUACUUUUUCUCCUCAAACUGUAUUUGUAGAGUGAGUUCCAAAAUGAAAGCCAACUUGAUUAUUGGUCUCAGUGUUUAAGAAUAUGUCUUCCCUGUCUAUCCAAGAGAAGCAACUUCUUUCUAAAGUUAUUGUUGGGAUCCAGCCCUUUGCCACCGUAGAACGGCUCCUAAAGCUUCACCCCAUUUCAUAUAUCACAAGAUUAGGAAAAGAGUGGGAGAUCCAUUUUAAUUUAGAAAAAUAAUCAACAAAGGUAGUUUGGCCACUACAGUUCAUCCUGUUUCCUAUUUUUGUAAUGGAGUUCUUUGAACUUUGAUAACAAGGAAGCAUUUAUAAAGUAUCGAAUGAGAAAGUUCACAACUAGAGUUCAUACUCUAAGUCUUUCUAUAACAUGUAUUGCUCAUGUUCAAGCUGAUAAUCUGACCAUUUUGGAGUAGCUGGAAUAAAAUGCAUUGCUUAAAUUCAGAAACAGAUCUUAACAUUUAUAUUAGCUAGAAUAGUCAUACAGUCUUGAUUGAUGUGCCAUGUAGAGGUUUCAAUGGGUCAAAAGGUGGCUGUGAUCCACGCUUUAUAAGACCUGGCCUUCUAUUUCCCUCUUGUGCCUUGUCUGUUUCCUUUUUGAGCCACAAACUCAAAACUCAAAGAACUAAUUCAUGCCAUUUUCUCAGAACAAAAUUAUGCUUAAAUUUUGGCAAAUUUCUAGUCAUAGUUUUGUUUAAUAAUAAGGAGCCACUCAAAAAUGCAGAGAAUCAAUGUAAUAACAGGGAAAAUGUUUAUAAAGCAGAGAAGCAACAAGAUGCCUUUCAUAGCUGUGUUCCUAGGACAGGUUCUUCUGGCUUUCUAUAUGAGUGGCCAUUUCUGGACACCACAGGGUCUUCUCUAGUCUCAGAGGACAGUAUUCAAAUUCUGACCCAAAUGCUUCCAAUGUUUCAAAUCAGAAAACAGGUAGGUAACACUUAGAUCUUAUUUGUACUUUCUGUAAGUUAUGCAGAAUAUUUCAGAAGUGGGAAGGACUGAUGAAAGUGUGAGAACUCACAUGAAACCUGAUCCUCAGAUCCAUCUUCCAUCAUAGCAAUAGCUAGCUAGAGGUAGUAAUACUUUCCAAAGGCCAGCCUUCCCUGACCCACCUUUUUUUUUUUAACAAUAGCCACUUUAUUUGUUAUUACUCAGCAUCCAAUAGCCAUUUAUCCCUUUUUAAUUAUCAUCUGUUAGUUGCAGGAAUUGGGGUUUCAUUUUUGACAUUCUCAUACACGUAUUUCAUGUAUUUGUACAAUGUCCAGCCCGCAUUAACAUCUCUUCUGUCUCUCCUUGCUUGUCCUCUUGCUCUUCACAAGUAUUCCCACUUCCAAUUCCAUGUCUUGUUAUCUAAUCCAGAUUCCACAUGUAAGAGGAAAUGUGAUGUUCAUCUUUCUAUGCAUGUAACUUUGCCCCCUCAGAUGCUAACUGAAUUUGUAUAGGGUAUAAGCGCAUUCAGAAAAGUAUUUCCUGCAAUUAUUUCCAAGCAGUCUCUGCCAUUAAUAAUUGAGUUUGCUACAAGUUAGUUAAAUUGUUGCAUUUAUAAGUAAAAAGAGUACUUCGGAUCCUAAAGACACCUAUGAACACUUGAUCUUAUCUCACCUGGGUGUUCAUUUGUACUAUUCAUUAACUAGAGACCCCUUCUCUUAAUAUGCCUUCCUUCUCUUAAUAUGCCAACAUAACUCUAGUUAACUCUAGGCCUGAUUUCUCCAACUGAGUUUCUGUUUGCAAAUUUUCUACAAAGUCUCCACCCACUCCUAACAUUGAGCUAGCUCAGAAAGACAGCUUAUAACAUUGAGCUAGCUCAGAAAGACAGCUUAUAACAUUGAGCUAGCUCAGAAAGACAGCUUAUAACAUUGAGCUAGCUCAGAAAGACAGCUUAUAACAUUGAGCUAGCUCAGAAAGACAGCUUAUAACAUUGAGCUAGCUCAGAAAGACAGCUUAUAACAUUGAGCUAGCUCAGAAAGACAGCUUAUUUGCCUUUGCUUUGAGCGUGGUUACUAGCACACAUUUUUACUUCCUGUUUCAUCAUUUGCAUUUUUAAAUAACAAAGCCCUCUCCUGAGCCUUGAGACCUCUGUCUUUGAAGGUUUUGAAUUGUGUUUACUAUAAGUUUUAAAUGAAAUGUUUACUACUAUAGCACAUUACAACUGAAAAUGACUUAAGAGUUAUAGCAUUAAAUUUCAGCUACUUUCAAAAGGCCUAAAGAAUGAUAUCACUAACUGACAAUUAAUAUGUGAUUUUAAAAAAAAAUGAAAGAAUUUAUGCUAAACCCCACACUUUCCUGGUCCUUAUACUAAAUUAUGGAGAUUUUGUUCAGCCCUUUCUAACAGUAUAUUUCCCCUCUAAGAACCCAAGCCAACUCAUGGGCAACUCAUAAGCUUUAAUAUUUAGAAAAUACCAUGCUUGAAUGUUUCCAACCUGGAGUAUAUAUUGUCUAGACAUAAAAAAAUAUUUUUGUCAGUCUUUCUUAGUGCCUAUGUGGAUUUUUGUGAAAAUAUUUAAAAAAGGAUAAUUAUAUAAUAUUUCCCUUGGAAUUUUAAGCUAUAUUUUCUUUACAGGUAUUUAUAAUGUACCAAUGCUUUUAUCGAACAGAAUUUUAAAAGGCAUAAUAAAUUAUAUUAAAGAACCAAAAGCUUUCAUGAGAA